UACUCCAACCUGUGCCUCCCACUCAUAGACAGUCUGAACCUUACCACCCAGUUCUGCACACAUCCAGGAAGUUCUGCCUUUUCUUCUCUUUCAGUGUCUUCUAUACUCCUCAAAAUUUCUCCUCCUACUGUGCCCUCUUCGCCCCCCUCCUUCGGGGGCCCCGUGACCCUGAAUGUCGGGGGAACGCUAUAUUCCACUACGUUGGAGACCUUGACUCGAUUCCCAGACUCCAUGCUGGGGGCCAUGUUUAGGGCUGGUACCCCCAUGACCCCCAAACUCAAUCCUGAGGGAGGUGGCCACUACUUCAUCGAUCGAGAUGGCAAGGCCUUCCGGCACAUCCUCAAUUUCCUCCGGCUGGGCCGCCUAGACCUGCCCCUUGGAUAUGGGGAGACAGCGCUUCUCAGGGCAGAGGCAGACUUUUACCAGAUCCGACCCCUCCUGGAUGCCCUGCGGGAACUGGAGGCCUCUCGGGGGACCCCAGCUCACACAGCCGCCCUGCUCCACGCAGAUGUAGAUAGCAGCCCCCGCCUGGUGCACUUCUCUGCUCGUCGAGGCCCACACCACUAUGAGCUGAGUUCUGUCCAGGUGGACACCUUCCGGGCCAAUCUCUUCUGCACCGAUCCUGAGUGUCUGGGUGCCCUGCGGGCCCGAUUUGGUGUCACCAAUGAGGACAGGGCAGAGGGAGGCCCACACUUCCGUCUGGAAUGGGCCCCCCGCCCCACGGAACUCCCCGAAGUGGAGUACCGCAGACUGGGGCUGCAGCCACUGUGGACCGGGGCACCAGGAGAGCCACGGGAGGUGGUGGGCACACCCAGCUUCCUGGAGGAGGUGCUGCGGGUGGCUCUGGAGCAUGGCUUCCGUCUCGACUCUGUCUUCCCUGAUCCUGAAGACCUCCUCAACUCCCGAUCUCUACGCUUUGUUCGGCACUAGGAACUGAGACCUGGGAAUGCUGCCCUCAGUUUGACUUCAUGGAGGGGUGGGGGGGGAGAAAGAACGGGUCAUUAAAGGGGUUGAAGAUUCUCCUGAGGCCUUUUCCUAGCUCUGCUCUGGGAGCUGUGAGAGUCAGAGGCCCCAUUGCAUCUGACUGGAGAGCCCAAGUAUGGACAGGACUCCCCACACUGGAGGGAGCCCACCAGGAGCCCACCAAGAGCCCACAAGAUCAGUGGGUCUGGACUGGAGCCGAUCCUGGGAGGGCUGAGGAGGCUUCCCUGGCUGGUCCUGCCUGAAUCUGGGGACCUUCGGUGUUUCCUUGCUUGGAGCUCAGUAUUCAGUGUCUGGAAAAGCAGGUAUGCUUCUCUGCCCAGGCUCAACUUAGCAGGACUGUGGAAGGACGGUGAGGUCUGAGGGAAAGAGGAACUUUGGAUUGCUCUAAUGUGGUCUCCUGGACUGUGACUUCUCCUGGAGAUGGUGGCCUCGCCUGGCCUGACAAAUGAGAGGUCAGAACACUGUGAAAUAUGGGAAGGGAGGUUCCUUGCUGUGUCCUAAGCCACCACUGAGGGAGACAGGGAGGGCUAUGCCCCACCUUAGGUUGGCAUAAGGGAGCUAGGAGAAUCCCCAUUAACUGUGGGGCUGGAGCAUCCCUCUGGAGAUCCAGGUGUUUUAAAGAAUCCCAUGUUGAAGGUGGGGGUGGCUAUAGGGAAGAGCGGGGCAUCUUCUUGGGUCCUGGCCUUCCUUCCUUCAUGUGUACGUGCCUGUCAGCCAGUGGCUCUGACUGAUGCGUGGAUCCCUGCAUCCUGACUCUCAGCCAUGUUGCUGGAGGUGGUGUCUGUAUGCUGGUCUUUCUGUGGCCUCUGCAUGUCCAGGCCUGUUUGGGGUUGCCCAGCAACUGUUUUGGUACCAGGUGUGUCUGUGGUAUGGGUGUGAGUAGACUGACAAUUAGUUUAAUCACAAGGGGUGUGUGUGCACAUGUGCUUCACACAUCCACGUAGGCAGGAGGGGCCUGCUGAGCUUUGAGUCACUAGGAUCUUCUAAUGAAAGGUAAGAGAAGUCACUGGGCUUAGCUAGGCCUUGGAGGCCUGUAUAGAACUCUCUGUUGCUAAGGCAACCAUGAGCCUGUUGCUAGGAGAUAGCUGGGCAAGGCCCAAGGCUGCUCAGGGCGAAGAAGAGAUGAACAGAAGAGUUUGAAAGAGUGGGGGAGGAUGUGGACAGGGAUGGGUUUCUGAGUCCCUGGGGGUAUGGGAUACUCACAAACAGCUUCACU